AUCCCACUGCCAGACGCACUGCCAAAGCUGGUCCUGCCGCGGCACGGAGCCGCUAUGCCAGCCAGUGGACCCUGAACCGCCCACACCCCACCAGCUCCUCGCACACCCUGACCACUGACUGGAGACUCCCUACGCCACGCGCCACAGGAUCUGUGGACAAGGAGAGCGACAGCUACAGCGUCAGCCCCUCACAGGACACAGAUCGUGCACGGAGCAGCAUGGUAUCAACAGAGAGUGCGUCAUCCACCUACGAGGAGCUAGCCAGAGCCUACGAGCACGCCAAGAUGGAAGAGCAGCUCCGUCACGCCAAGUUCACCAUCACCGAGUGCUUCAUCUCUGACACCUCAUCCGAACAGAUGACAGCAGGGACCAACGACUACACUGACAGCCUGACCUCCAGCACACCGUCUGAAUCGGGCAUCUGCCGCUUUACCGCUUCGCCGCCCAAACCUCAGGAUGUCAGUCGGGUCAUGACCAUGGCGGUGCCCAAGGCGCACAGACCUG